UUACCGAGUUCUGUAGUACGCAUGCGCAGACGUGCCGCUUUUGUUUUGCCGACCCGGAGCUACUUGGGCAGAGUGCUAGCAGCACUGCGGCUGGCCACAUCCUCUUUCUCUUAUCCAAAGGAAAGUGAAAAGAAAGAACCGCACAGGUAUUGAGCAACGCGAAGGACCGUCCAGGAUCGAGAAGAGGAGACGUAAGCCUAGUUAUCCCACAAUGACCAGCUCGUCUACUCCAAGAAUGCAUACAUACAAAAGGACGGCUAGUCCUCGGUCUCCGACUAAUACUGGCGAGCUCUACACCCCGGCACAUGAAGAAAACGUGCGCUUUAUCCAUGACACAUGGCUGUGUGUUCUUAGAGAUAUUAAAUCACCGCAAAACAGUGAACGAGGACCACAAGAAUAUGUGGAGAAAACCCCAAACCCUAACCUGCUUUCCUUCACCCCGGUGGACCUGAAUGAACUCAGGAGGCCAAGCACACAGGACUGCAAGAAGUCUUAGUGAAUUUCCUUUCUAAUCUUGGUCCAGCAGCUUUUUUUCCUCCCCACUCAUUCUCUUUGGGACCUUUUUUUAUGCCAGCAGCCUUCUGUCAGCCACGUAAGUCCAGAAAUCCUCUUCCUUCGCUGCCUCAUCGAACUGUGGUCUGGAAAAACUUGCUGAUGUAUGUUCAAGGUCCGUCACAUCCCUGAUUCUCAUGCCGAUACUGCGCAACUCUUAUUAGCCGAUUUCAGGGAAUUUGUUGUCAACUUUUCUUUUGUAUUCUGGAUUCAUUUUCGUAUGCGUUGUGUAUUAUAAAGAUUAUAAACCGGCAGAAGGAGAAGGCAGGAGGAACUUGGCAUACGGUAACAGGGAAGGAGUCGCCCUCUGAAAAAACAUGACGGGCACUUUCUUUGGAAGGAAAGUGCCCAAAGGCUUUUUUCCUUUCUUUUUUCUUUUUUUUUUUUUUUUUUUUUUUUAAAUUAGUUUGGUAGAAUAAAAUAUUGAAAUAGUAAAGGCAGGCCAAAUAUUUUUUAACCGAGAUACACAUUCUUCUUUUAAAAAAAAAAAAAAAAAAAAUGUACACAUUACAUUUUUCUGUCUUUUAAGCCUUGAAAUUGAAAUAAAAUGAUCUUUUAUGGUAUCUCAACCAACAGCUCA